AACAAUAAUAACUACAAGUCCGUAUGUUGGAUGUGUACUGUGUGUGUGGUGCGAUUACAUCGAUCAUGUCGAUCUACGUUUCGGCGCACCGAAGUGGCAUUUAAUUUUGACAAUCUACCCAAGAGACUGUUGACGAGUGGGUUAGUAUGAUGUUCUGAGUUAUGGAACCUAAGGAUGCAGUCAGCACGGUCAAGCAUAUAUUUCAUCGUCAGAUAAAAGACACAUUCUGCUUAAGUUUCCAGCGUUCACACCAUGUGGACGAAGCCUUGAUUAACAGACUCGGGCUACUGCAUGAAUUAGAGGGUCACAGUGGGUGUGUGAACUGCCUUGAAUGGAAUUACUCAGGCCGGUUGCUGGGCAGCGGCUCCGAUGACUUUAAUGCAAUCGUGUGGGAUCCCCACCGGAGACGACGACUGUGUGUACUGAGAACUGGCCACCAUGGCAACAUAUUCUCCGUUAAGUUCCUACCCAAUGCAAACGACGAGACGCUGGUAACUGGCGCGGCCGACUGCAAGGUCCGCAUCCACAGCUUGCCCAGUCAGGAGACCACCCAUGCCUUCAGUUGCCACGCGGGCCGCGUCAAGCGGUUGGCUGUGGCCCCCAGCAUGCCCUACAUGUUCUGGAGUGCCGGAGAGGACGGAACGGUCAGACAAUUUGACCUGCGGGCGCCGCACACCUGUAACGACAGCUGCGCCAACGUCCUGAUAAACCUGAACUGCUACAUCGGCAAACACGCUGAAUGCAAGUGCCUUGCCAUCAACCCCAACAGGCCUGAGCUUAUGGCUGUUGGUGCUAGUGAUGCUUAUGUGCGUCUCUACGAUGUGCGGAUGCUGUCUCCCCACGCUGUGCAUUUCUCCCGGGAGGAGCGGUUGGGGGCGUCGUGGAGGACCCCGGCCCCCGAACCGGAUGACAGUGGCUUGCUGCCCAGAGGGUGCGUGCAAUAUCUCGUGGCGGGACACCUGCCGCUCAAAGAGAACGACAGAAAAAGAAAGUAUCGAUCGCUAGUUUCGACCUAUGUCACCUUCAGCCCCUCUGGCAGGGAGCUCCUCGUUAACUUGGGAGGAGAGCAGGUUUAUUUAUUUGAUCUCUACAACCUCCGACAUCCCAAGGCGUUUAAUGUCGGCGACUACGUGCUACCGGAGGGCAGCAAUGGCGUUUGCAAAGAAGUGUCAAGCCAAGUUGCCGAGGCGCUGUCAGCCAAUGGCACGUCCAUCGGGUCCACCAACGGAGUCACCAAGCACCUGUCACACGCCAGCAGCUACAGGCUACAAGAAGGCUCCCCCAGCACCGGCCCGGGCACAAGUCGAGAGCUCCCACCCAGGGCGGAAGCCUUGAAGCAGGAGGGCAACCGUUUCUACUGCGACAUGAAAGACUACACCUCGGCAAUAAGGCUGUUCAACCAAGCACUGGGCAUAGCCCCCAACAGUGCCAUACUCUACGGGAACAGGGCGGCGGCAUUCAUGAGACGGAAAUGGGACGGCGACCUGUACGCAGCGCUGCGCGACUGCCACCGUGCCCUGGCCCUGGACCCCAGCCACCGCAAGGCCCACUUCCGGCUGGCCCGCUGCCUGCUGGAGCUGACCUGGGCCCGGGAGGCGCAGGACUGCCUCAAGCAGUAUAAGCGCAACUACCCGGAGUUCAGCAAGCACCGGGAGUUUGAGGCCCUGGACCGAGACAUCACGACGGCCGUCUUCUCCAUGUGCGAUAGCGACAGCAGCACGAGCGACAAGGAGAAAGCUGAAACCUCCCCAAGGCGACGAUGGAACAACCCGGACCGCAUCUCGGAUGAGGAGCGAAUAUUACGGAGCCAGGCCUACGACUAUGCCGAGCGGUUCUGCGGUCACUGUAACACCACCACGGACAUCAAGGAGGCCAACUUCUUUGGAAGCAAUGGCCAGUUUAUCAUAGCCGGGUCAGACGACGGCUCGUUUUUCGUCUGGGACCGCAAGACCACCAACAUCGUCCGAGUACUACGUGGGGACGAGUCCAUCGUCAACUGUCUGCAGCCACAUCCCAGCUUCUGUCUGCUGGCCACCAGUGGCAUUGACCCGGUCGUUAGGUUAUGGGGGCCCAAGGCACAGGACGGGAAAGCUGAAGAGCGCUGCAUCAGGGAGCCCGACACGGCGGCCACGGCCAACCAGCGGCGCAUGAACGCCGACCCCUUGGAGGUCAUGCUGAUGAACAUGGGCUACCGCAUCACGGGGAUGUCGGAUGGAUCGGACGACGAAGGAGGAGACGGGCCAGUCCAGUGCAACACCAGCUGAGGGGGACGGAGAGGGCCGUGUCCGAAUCGAGUGACCACGGCUUGGAAUCACGAGCCUGUAACUUUCAUUGGCAGGUGUCUUGAACCUUUCCUGCCGGAGCUAAGUACAUCGGACGUGGCCAAAGAACUUGUACGAUACUCAAAGACAAGAGACAUGAUGCUGGAUUGUGUCAAUGGAGACCCGACCAAAACAUUCCUGAUCUACAUGAUUGCAUAUGGGACGAUCCCUGCUGUCCGUCGUGGCCAUCUUAGUUUUAUGUCCAGGAGCCAACAUAACCUGGGCGUUGUGAUUUCUCGAACACCGAUACUAACCACCAGCCUUAGAUUCUUACCACUUGCACUCUGUCUCCUGGUACUGAAAUCACAGAGACAUUCAACCGAAGAAAAUGUGCUUAGCAAGUGUAAUUGCUUAGCAAACAAAAACAAAACAGCAGGGGUAAUCACUAGUUUUUCUAGGCAAACAGUUUUGUGUCAGGGAGCAAGAAUACACAUCAGUAGCCCUAUGUACUGGCUCGUCUUGAUAUGUCUCAGUGUAGAGUUUAGUCUUUAAAAUGGGGGUCUUGUUCCCAGACUUCAAGAGAGUGACAGCGCACAAAGGUGUACAGCUUUGUGUUAAAAGCCCCUGCUUUCAGUCUUGUGGGGCUUUAAUACUGAAAUUGGUGUUGUUUUCAGUGGCUGAGGCUUUUCUCUGCACUGCGUUUAUGGGCAAAAAAGCCAAGACUCAGCCAUAGGGUGCGCAAUUUGGACAGUUACUAUAUUUGACUAUAUUCAAUGGUUUGGGGUUCUUUUGCCACAACAGACUGCUCUUGAGUAAGAAAAUUUGAAAGUUUCUGAAGUUGAACUGAACUGUUUCCCAGAAUGUAACUAUGUAACAAAAAAAAUCCCUAGAAAAUCUCAUUUGCUAAAUUUGGGAGAAAAACUCCUGGAUUACCAUGGCUUCCUGACAGUUGUAUAAAUUAGAAGCACAUGUAAAAUCUGUGCUAGAAUUCGACUAUUCCAGACGAGAAUUUUGUGUACAAAGAAAAAAAUCAACAAAAAAACUUUUGUAUACAAUUACCAAGUGUUGUGGCGUCUUUUCACAUUUUUAAAUUUGUCACGUUCCUUUGCUUUUUUGAACAUGUGAAAUCAGCCAGUGACAAUUUGUAUCCCCAAACCAACCAACCAACCAACAAAUACACCAGCAAACAAACAAAAGUGGUACGAGUUAACGUGAAGCAAAAACAGGUUUGUUUCAUCGGGCAUUUGAGGGUGAUUUUUAGACUACAAAAUGAAAAAAUCACCUCGUUGAACCAAAGUUCAACAUUGAAGAUUUAUAAUUGUCCUAGUGAGUUACUAUUAACCUUAACAGAUUUGCUUCAGUUAUAGCAAUUGAAAUGAUAGAUUUUAUGCUGCAUAUGUUUUUUUCUUUUAAAUCGGAGCACUGAGUGCUCUUUGAAAGUAGCCCAAAUGGAUGGUUUGGGCUACAAAAGGUGUCCCAAAAGAUUCCCCAUGCCUGGCUCAGUGUUGGGAGCAUGACAACCAGGCAGUGUGUAAGACAGAAAUGAGCGGAGUGCCAGUCCUGUGCAGUAUGUAUUGCAUGACUUUUUGGGGGCCUGUGAUCCAUUUUUGCUUGGCAUAUAUUUUCUGUGCAGGGCACGAAACCAGUUCCCACACCGAGAAACAAAAUCUUUUUUUCUUUCAUUCUUUCUCGUUUCGUUUUUUUUUUCAUUUUUAAAAGAAUUCUUGUGUUUAGUGUCGUUUAUUUUUUGCUUGGUGGUAAUUGUAGUUCAGGGAGACUUAGUUUAAAAUCUUUGAAGUAAGUUUCAUUAUGUGUUCAUCAAAUGUCGUAAACCGAUAUUUAUUUGAAUUACAAAUCCAUCUUUUGUUUGCGGCCUGUUUGAAAUAAUCACAGCCUUUGCAUAACAUUAAGUAUUUGUAAAUUCGGCUGCAAAUGGAAGGAGUCCUGUGUGGUCCAAGUGUUAAAAAAAAAUUCAGAUUUUCCCCCCAAAAGUCAUCUGUUUAAAAGCCGCCUGAAAAAAUUUAUUUUCAACUGAGUUUAAUAUCAACAUGCCACAGAACUGAUGUAAGUUUCUGACAUUAAUUAUGAAUUUGUAAGUCAACAUCUUCCAACUGCGUAGGGCAAAAGCAGUAACCCAUUAACCCAUUUUAGGGGAAAAUUGGUAUCAAAUCUGGGACAUUAUAAAGCCCUUAUUGUACACUUUCCAUCCUUGCUUUUAGUUCUUUUAAAGUUUUAAUAUGUACUUUAUUUGUUCCAUGCCAUUUUUUUUCUAAAUCAAAAUGACAUUAAUUUCAGUACAAUUAUGAAAUGAGUGAUAAGUGAGUUGCUGUUAAAGUUGACUAUUUUGUGCAAAAUAGUGAGAAGAGAGGUCGAUCUGUUUUGAAUUAAUAAGCCUUUUGCGAGUUAAAAUCUGGUACACUCAGUAUCUGAUUGCACAUAAACAUAACAGUUUGAAUUCUCCA